AUGGCUAUUUUACGCAGGUGUUGCAGCACAUGGCUCAACAAUUGCAUAGGGAAAAGAAACUACAAAAGAUUCUUCAUCCUAAUGGCUUCAGCAGUUCUCUUGCGGGGAGAGUUCUCUGGGCAGAUCAUUUCAAAACUUGGAAGCAGCUUCUCAACUGUGGCUUUUGAAAUUGUCGUGGUGACAUGUACGUUACUAGCGAUGGUUGCAACAAUACCACUCUCACAACUUCUAUGCUUCCACAUUCUUCUUAUCAAGAAAGGAAUCAGUACAUACGAUUACAUUGUAGCUUUGAGAGAGCAAGAACAACAAGAACAUUCUGAGCACCAGAGCCCACAGAUGUCCAUCAUUAGCUCUGUCACAAGACUUAGUACUACUAGCUCUUUCGGUCCGCUUCAUCGCGGAUCAUGGUGUACUCCACCAAGACUAUUAGUUGAAGAUCAGGAUGUCUCUCAUCCAGACAUGCCACAGAAUUCCACUGGCAAGAAGGCCAGGAAAGACGAAGGAACCAAAAGGAAACCUCCAGGAGCUGUAAAAAUCAGCCCAUGGUCACUGGCUCGCCUCAGUGCAGAGGAAGUAUCAAAGGCAGCUGUAGAGGCCAAGAAGAAAUCUAAAGUACUCCAGUCGAUCACAAGGCGGGGGAAUAUUCUUAAGCCUGACAAUAGAACAGACAAAAGCAUGGUGUUACUACCUGUACCUGAACGAUCUCUGGAUCCCAUGGCAAGGACAUCUGCGAGUGGAACUGACUGCAACUUCAGCGACAUGGUCAUGGAAACACCUGACAGCUUAGUCCCGUUGCAGCACGAGGCCAGGAGUGCCUUCCAACCUAACUGCAACUUCAGCGACAUGGUCAUGGAAACACCUGACAGCUUAGUCCCGUUGCAGCACGAGGCCAGGAGUGCCUUCCAACCUAGUGCUGCAUUGUCCAUCAGGAACCUCAACCUUACUUCGUCACCAGAGAGUAGCUUGGAGUCACCUGAUCUCCACCACUUCCGUGUCUCUAUGUCAGGAGCCGAUGAACUCCAAAGCUUCAUGUCACUUGCAGCCUCAGAGUCGACUGCUCAGAAGAGUAUUACACUUUCGAGGUCGACAAGUGGUGGGUAUGAAGCCUCAGGAGGCGAGGACCGCGACCGAAUACCCUCUAGAAUUGUGCACCGGUCGUCCAAUUGGACAAAUGUCAUUCUUAAUUCAGGUAGGCAGGAAACUAUGUCCAAUCUGAGCUUGCCUACAUCUGUAGGGUUCAUUACUAACACCAGGCUGACCUAG